AUGGUUGUUUUUAAUUGCCACAUCGAUAUGUCAUCCACGACGAAAUCUGCCUCCACUAAAGCCGCAACCCUGCCACCAGGAACUAGCAAUUCUGAGUUCAGUCGACAGCAGUGGCUAGAUUUGUUGAGGGUUCUACCUCCUAGCAGUCGAACCAACCUCCAGUUAGCCCUGAAGCAGUACCUUGACGAGACGAGUCAGGGUGAUGGCUCAGAGACGCAAACUCUGAACGUCCAGCAAUCUAGAAAAGUCCCCCUUCCAGAUGCCUCCACACUGGUUCAGACGGCGACUGCUAUUCCAAACGUGCCUCACGAUGACAUGCCACAAAACACCUUCGGAACUGACCGAUACCUCACCCUCCUCAGACAAUCCCUGGAUCUUGAUCGAAAACCCCUCAUCCCCUCCCCAAACAACAUGCUAGCUACCCCAAGCUUGGACCCUCUUAAUGGUCUAGACACGUUAGCCGCUGCGGCAUUGGCUAAUACAAACUCAGAGGGUUCGCAGUGGAGUAGGCUCUUUUCCGCUUUUCCGCAUUUUUCCACGCCUGGAGUGCCAGCUAUCUCAAAGAGAGCUCUAGACGCGCUUGGUGAUGCCGACGCCAUCAUCAUCAUGCUUGUGCCCAUCAGACCGAAGCCGCUUGGAGCACAAGGCCCUCGUGGUCCCUCCACCGCCUUACCGUCUGCUUCAAACUUGGUUAGAGUCCCUUCAGGACACUGCAAGUGUAGUGCGGAUAGGGGGGCAGUGUCAGGGUGUCUGGAGGCGCUAGCGAACGCCGCUCCGAAGUUAACGCACCUUGAAACCAACGUCACGUCGAGCCCCGCAGUGGCCGUGCUCCAGGGCAAACCAGUGCCCGGGACAGGUAUGGUGGCGAUUCCAAUCACAGCCCAGAUGGCUCCGGCACUGCUGGGUGGUUUCAAACCCGACCUGAGCCAACGCCAAUCGCCCACGAUCCGCGAGACGCCCAAAAGGCUGGCAGCGACCCGCGCUGAGGCCGAGCAGGCUGCAGCGGCGAGUGUAGGCCCCUCACCGCCAAUCGCAGCCGUCCACUACACCGCCGCGUCCGCAGACGUCUCCAAGCGAAGCCGAAUCACCCCCGAGACUGUGGACGAUGUGGACAACUCGGCAGCGACGACCAAUCUGCUCCUCUCGAAUGGCGCGAUGUCUUCAGGCGCGGCCCCGACACCAGCGCUCAAACCGGACCCGGAGAACAUCAGCACCGCGUACCACUACCAUCCGACCGCGGACGCUCAGGCGAAUUGGUCAGUUCAGCAUCCAACUGCCAGCAGCAGCGUGUCGACCGACAACAGCCGAAGACGAUGCAGAGACGAGGGCAUCACCGACGAUGAAGUGGCUCGGCGGGAAAAGAGACGCGAACGAAACCGAGUGGCUGCAGCGAAAUGCCGCCAGAACCGGCAGAAUCAAAUCGAAGACUUGAAGGCUCGUCGGAAAAUCCUGGAGGACGAAGGCACACAGACGCGUCAGCUGAUCCAGAAUCUGCUCCACGAAAAGGCCCAACUCGAAGAGCUGCUGAAGAAGCACGCUCACAACGGUUGUCCAACUGCGGCACAGUACUUCCAGAAUGGAACUCUCCUCUUACGACUGACUGGUUCCACGACCCCGGGGGCCUGCUGUUCUACGCCAAGUAUUCGGAUAAUACAACCGACCAAUUCCUCGCCCCAAAUCGCCCCAGCUCCACCGCCAAUUAAACAAGAGGGUCCCAGUCAGACCCCCGUGGCCUUCGUUCCUGCCCAACGUCCCAACACCCUGCCGCUGGUGACCUCAGCCAAGCUCGACACGCCGACGCUGGACUCGGCAACGUCGCUGGCGGCGCAGCUCUGGUCUCCGUCGGUGGCAGCGAAGAUCAAGACGCCUGGCGGUGAGAGCUGGGUGAACAGUCAGAUAGGACUGCCCCCGGUUACCGCGGGUCUGAAGCUUGACAAGGACAACGGCACGUCGGCUGCCACCGCGGCAGCCGCCGCGAUCCUCUCCACACCGGACCUUCUGCACCAGCUGGGGAUUUCGCUGGCAGGCGCCUCCACACCAACGAAGGCCAUCCAGAUCACGGUAACCAACCCCACCACGUCCGGCGUGGCCACGGACUCCGACAUCAAGGUCACCUCGGCGUCUUGA